AACUUCGGUUCUCUUGGCACUUGGCACCAGCUCAGCCCCAACAGAGGUAUCCCCGCAGAAGCAACAGUGGCGAGCUUUUGUUGUGUUGUAGUUGCUUUGUCGGAAAAUAUAUUAGAAUGCCAAGAUGAGGUAUCCUAAUCUCUUUUCCCGAAAGACGGCGGAUGGCGACAACAAUGGACUAAAGAAGGUAGCUGUGGUGUCAAGCAACGACAAGAGCAGGUGGCCUCACUGGCCCGUGUCAUUGCGAAGCCCUCGACGAUCCUCGAGUCGAAAGCCCGCGAUCACUCGAUCCGAGUCUCAAUCUAUGGAAAACACUAGUAGCAACACAGAUCCACUGCGACGACGCCACAGCAAUAAUGGGCAAUCCAUCGUUUUGGAAGAUGACAUGUCCUCUCUCUCGGAGCAUUCCAAUACCCAACAUCGAAAUAGAGCCAGAGACCACCGACAGCGCAUCCGGCGAAUCCGAGAACUCCAACGUUCGCUUCCUUUUGACGUUGUCGUCCCUACAACAGAGCCUCAGCCACAGCCUCAGCCUCAACUACAGCCAGAACCAAAAGAAGAAGAACCGCACGAAAUGGUUCCCACGGAAUCCGUCGAUCCCACCCGUCCGGAUCUUGUGCUAGAAAGCCUUCUGGCCACACAGUCGAAUACCCCACCUCAGGAACUCGACCCCGAGAGCCGUUCGCGUCUCCAAGCCAUUCGACUGCUAUCUUCCAUGAUGGGGCCCGAUCAUCCCGAUGUCCUAUUCUCCAUGCAAUAUCUGGGCAAACAUCUUCACCGUAGGGGAAAUGUCUAUGGAGCAAAGGCCAUCCAGAACCACGUACACGAACGGUACCAUGCUCAAACCGUCGCGUCCUUGGCUGUCACCAAUCGUUGUGUGUAAAGGUUCCCAAACCAUCCAGCAGCUUCUUUUUGUGUUGAUCACGCAUUUCUGUUCACGAUGCCAACGACUUUUUACCAAGCAAGCAAGCCAAAACUUUUGUUUUCACAUCUACAUAUACACCCACACCGCCUUUUUUACGCCAUUUUGAUACCCAACAAUGAUGUUCUCUUUUUGAUCUAUCCAAUCCCAUUCACCUCAAUGUUGUUUGUUCCAUCCAUUCUUUUUUGAUUGGAUUCAAUCAUUCCUUCAUUCACCUACCAUUUUGUUUUUCACAAACCGGCACUAACGCAAAACUAACACUUCAGUUUUUACACAUACAUACAAACAUGCACCGUAAUAAUACCUGGAUAUCAUUCGGGCGAAUUCAUCGUGCUUAGGUCUUUAGAAGCUUGGUUUCUUUGGCGGAAUCAGUUGAGGUACCGGUACUGUACAGUCCUACUUAUCACAGUUCUUCUCAGGCCACGACGCGUAACAUUUUGGUUUUGGCUUGACUCUUUCGUCUCGUCUGUCAGACUCAUCAGUGCUGGGCUAGGC